CUAUAAGUGUGAGGAAGGAACCUUAAUAGAUGCUACCAAACUCGGGGACUGAUUUUUUGGGUUUAUGUUUUGGUCCCUAGAUGGUCGGUGCCGCAGGACGUCGCGACAACGACGACGAUGGGAGGAAUGACAUUCAAGAACUGGCACGGGUCAUCCGGCAGUCGCAGCGAGAGCUCUACCCUAAGAUUGAUGUUCCGUUGUUCGACGGGAAUCAUGCCUCUUCUUGGGCAGACAAGUUCGAGCAAUUGGGAUAUAGCAACGAAUGGGCAGAUGAGAAGAUGCUUCGCAUGGUUAAAAAAUAUUGUCAGGUGGGGUACCGAGACGAGAUCGAUGAGCUGGUGCGAAUCUCUCAUGAUUGGUCAGAUUUUAAGGCGCGGUUGUUGGAGAAGUACCAGCUCAGUGACCGAUUGCUCGACCUGCAGGAUUUGAGGGCGGUGGAUCGUAAAAAGUUUGGUACUACCAAACAGUUUUUAUCGGAAUUUGAGCGUGUGGCUCGCCUAAUCCUAGAUCUGUCCGAGAAAAAUCACUGCCUUAUUUUCCUUGAUAACUUCAACGACGUCGAACAAUCGAAAUUGGUUGAAGGGAUGCAAGGGAGGUAUGACUGGACUAAGGUCCGGCAAAAUGUGCUGGUGGGGAAGUUCGACGAUAUCCUCUACCGGCUGUUGAGGCAACAAAAGGAGGAACGGGAAAAGGUGAAGCUGGGAGAGGUGAAGGACGGUGAGAUUUACAAAACUUUGACCUGCAUGAGAGAAAUGAUGGACGGCAUGAAAGCGGAAAGGCUGAAGUUUCAAGUCAUGUUGGGCAAAGAGAAAAAUAGUAAGAGGAAGGGGAAAGAGCCGGCGAAAGAAGAAAGCGACAGUGAGAGCGAUGAGGAAAAGGUGCCGCCUCGCAAGUUGACAAAGGCGGAGAGGAAGGUCUUGAAUCAAAUUCGAGGCGGACAGGGGACCUCCCGUAAACAGGGGAAGAAUGGUGGACAAAAUAAUCAAGGAGGGAAUGGUGGUGCUAGCGGUGGUUCGUCAGGACAAAGUUCUCAAGAUCAAGGGCAGUUUCAACCGCAGGGUGGAAGAGGCCGCGGUCGAGGCCGUGGGAACGGACAACAAAACCGUUGGGCGUGGCAGCAGGAAGCCACAUGUAACUAUUGCGCAGAAAAGAGACAUAUUAUGCGGUUUUGCCAACUCCUUUCAAGAGAUGAGAAGGAAGGAAUUGUCUUCACCACGAUACGAGGUGAAAUCUUUGAUUACGAAGGGAACCUGAUCGACCCCAACAUUGAAGGGGGUAUGAGGAAGGAGGCGUUUCGCCGAAUGGGUCGUCCGCUGCCGGCGACGUUCUGGAUUGCUCUCCCGAAGAAGCGCGGUUGGCCGGGGUCGAGGAGGCCAUGGCGUCGUUACAUAUUGACGACUCGUCGGCGGAACCAGGAGGGUUUAGGGAACAAGUGGUGGAAUGAGCGCAAACCAUCACAAGGCGGCUUGCCCGAUGCCGGGACUCUAUUAUCCGACUUUGCGUGGACAUGGAGGAAGUCUAGCCGGGGUUGCCGAAUGUCUUUCUCUUCGGCGAAUGGGGUGAUAAAAGGGAAGAUGCGUCUGGCCAAGCAGGGACGUCUGCUCCGAGAGAAGCAUCACAAACUGGGCCAAUGAGAGUCUGAAAAGGCAAUGGAAGAAGAGCCUAUCCCCGUUAGUGAGAACGAUGAGGAUAACGAGGAUGAGAAGUUGCGGGCCGAAGAGGAAGAACGGGCUCAUCGUCGUGCAUUGGAAAGGGAGCCGGAGAAAGGGAAGGCCGAAGUAAACGAGGAGGAGCCACGAAAGAAGAAGAACAUUUAUUCGAUCCCCGUGGAGCAGGGGGUCGAUAUCGAGCAACUCGUCAAUAAGAUUCUGGAAAGUCAGCGCGACUUGGUCAUGCUGAAGGAAAUUUUGGCGGUAUCGCCGAAGAUUCGAGAGGAGUUUAAACAGCUGAUGACUCGUAAGAGAGUCAUGACUGUUGAGCUCGGCGAAGUCAUUCCGCCGGAGGCUAACUGGUCCCCGCCUGGGACGAAGAUGGAUUGGCGAAGUGUGUCAACCGGCCAUAUGAAGGUCCAGAUUGGACAGCAGGAGUACUCGGCACUUGUGGAUGAUGGAGCAGAGAUGAACAUCAUUCGCGAGCACCAUGCCAUCGAAGCCGGGUUGAAGAUCAACCGAGAUGACUAUGGGUUUCUGGUGGGCGCUAGCGGAUCGACCCCAUUCUGCGGGAAAGCUAGUGACGUCCUCGUCACGGUCGGAAAGGUCAAAGUCCGCUUUUAUUUUUACGUGUUACCUAGAGUGGAACACGAGGUGCUUCUGGGAAGGGCAUUCCUAUGUCGGUCGGAAAGCAUCAUCAUUAACAAGCAUGAUGGAACCAUGUUUGUAAUCCUUUGUGAUCCUGUCUGUGGUUACUACGAGGUGGUCAAGUGUGCGAACACUGGACCCUAUUGCUCACGGAACCGGCUGAAUCCGAAAUCGUAUACUUUCCUGGAGUUAGAAAAGUUGAGAAGGGAGAAGGAAUCACUAGGGGAGGAGCCGAAUCCUCGUGAGUUCUCGCUGACCCUGCGUGAUAUUGGGCAGGCAAUCGAUUUCGUGUCGACACAUGCGGCGAUUGAUCCAAAUGUGGUGCAAGCGUUGACGGAGAUCAUCACGGACACCGGAAGCGCAGAAACUAUGCGCCUUGUUUAUUCCCCGUCGGAGGGGAAUAAGGGAGAAGAUCAGGAAUUGCCCUCCACUCGACAGGGUCCUUUUUUAGAGGACGCAGGCUUGACACCAGCGCCAAAAAUGUGCGAAGUUUCCUCGAAACCUGUGGAUUUUGGCGCAUCUUCAUCCGCAGAGACGGAUCAGGCGGAAGAAUCAGUUCCGGUCGAUGCCUUUUUGAAAGAAGAUGAGUCGCGAUUGAGUAUUAACUAUCUUACCUACCUGACAGAUGCGGCCACUCGACAUGAGAAAUCGAUAUGGAAUGCUCCUGCCUUUCACGAGGUACGUCCAGAACUCGUGAUGGAGGAACCUUUCAUUGAGGAGGACCCAUGGGGCGAGCAGACUGCAGAGGAAAUGAUGAGGCUGACUUUGACAGAUGACAUCGGCCUUAUGCUUGAUCCGCUAACAAUUGAACAAGGUCAUACGCAGGCUGAUGACGCUUUCCAGACCGUUGGAAGGAUGUCAUAUAUCGCGAACUUGUUGGUUCAUGAGGAUCGCCUGAGGUUAAUGAAUGCGGAGGAAGGAGGCAGUGAGGUCAAAGAAGCGUUUAAGGAAAAAGAGUACCAAGGGGAGUAUAAAGAGAUAGGCAUGUGGUUGAAUGGGGAAUUGAACGAAAGCGAGGUUGAUUCGGUUGUGCGGGAAAAGAGCAAAGGAUUUGUUGUUCGUGAUGGUCAUCUCUUUAAGAAAGCUGCUGAUGGUGUCCCCAAGAGGGUGGUAUGCGGAACCUCUCGACAGUUGGAUGUGAUCGGUGCCUUGCAUGAUGGGGUAGCCGGCGGGCACAGGUCUGCGUGGGUAACCCUGAACAAGAUCCAACGUCUUUAUUUCUAGGAAGGGAUGAGCAAGAUGGUGAUUGACUUCUGUAAAUCUCGUUUCCCUUGCCAACAGAGAUCUAAUAUCCGCUACCUUGAGCCCCUAAAUCCACGUUAUGUGGCAGAACCAGGUAAGUAGAAGGAUGCUUGAAAAAUGAAGGUUUAAUAAUGUC